AGUGUUUACAUUAUUCUAGUCAGGUAGACCACAAUAAAAAUGUUGCACAAGAUUGUUUUAUUAUUUGCUAUAUUUACUUUCUGCUCUUGUAAUAUAGUCAGAGAACUAGUGCAGUUUAAUCUAGCUGGCCAUCCAAUUCUCCAUAAAACAGUAGAAUGGCCUUUUGAUCCAGAAAUUGGAGUGAGAAGAUCCAGACAGUACCAAGAACUAAACGGCAGACUUGGGGAAAAAGCCAUCGAAAGGCUUGGAUUGGGAAUCGAUGGAUACGAUAGAGAGCGUUUGGCCGAACAAAGAGCCCGUGAUGAAGGACAUUUAAAUGGCGUUGAUUAUCUUACCCCUUAAUUUAAAA